CUGAAGUGAAGCAAGGAGCUCCUUUUCUACAGGGACCUGCUGAGGACAGAAGAGAGCUGCUCAGUAAGGAUGUUCAUGUCUACAAGAUCACAGGUUGUUGUGAAGGUGUGGACUUUCACAACAGGGGUGAGGACCCAGAGAACAGAGUCCCUCCCUCUGAAGCCCCUCUGUGUGGGGAACAUGACAACCAGACCAAAGCUCAGAGGAUCCAUCAGAGAUCUGGAGCUGGAUCCAUCUGCGAGUCAAUGAACAGUAACCAGUCUGCAGGGCGUCUUGUGGACUUUAAAGACGACUGCCCCUCUGGUGAUGCAAGAGAGAACCAGGAGAGCUCAGAUGUUCACACAGGAAGUACAGCUCCAGUUUGUCAGCGUGAUCUCAAAUCCAACCUGAAGAAGAAGUUCAAGUGUGUGUUCGAGGGGAUCGCUAAGUCAGGAAACCCGACCCUUCUUAAUGAGACCUACACAGAGCUUUACAUCACAGAGGAAGGGACUGCAGAGGUCAAUAAAGAACAUGAGGUCAGUCAGAUUGAAACCACAUCCAGGAAACCAGUCAGACCAGAAAUAACCAUCAGACUAGAAGACCUCUUCAAAGCCUCAACUGGAGGAGAGGAACCAAUAAGAACAGUGAUGACUAAGGGAGUGGCUGGCAUUGGAAAAACAGUCUUAACACAGAAGUUCACUCUGGACUGGGCUGAAGACAAUAACCACCAGGACAUACAGUUCACAUUUCCAUUUACCUUCAGAGAGCUGAAUGUGCUGAGAGAGAAGAAGUACAGUUUGGUGGGACUUGUUCAUCACUUCUUCAGUGAAACCAGAGCAGCAGGAGUCUGCAUGUUUGAAGAGUUCCAGAUUCUGUUCAUCUUUGACGGUCUGGAUGAGUGUCGACUUCCUCUGGACUUCCACAACAAUGAGAUCCUGACUGAUGUCACAGAGUCGGCCUCACUCGAUGUGCUCCUCACCAACCUCAUCAGGGGGAAGCUGCUUCCUUCUGCUCAACUCUGGAUCACCACACGACCUGCAGCAGCCAAUCAGAUCCCUCCUGAGUGUGUUGGCAUGGUGACAGAGGUCAGAGGGUUCAUUGACCCCCAGAAGGAGGAGUACUUCCAGAAAAGGUUCAGCGAUAAGAAGCAGGCCAAGAGGAUCAUCUCUCAUAUUAAGACGUCACAAAGCCUCCACAUCAUGUGUCACAUCCCAGUCUUCUGCUGGAUCACUGCUACAGUUCUGGAGGAGGUGUUGAAGACCAGAGACGGAGAAGAGCUGCCCAAGACCCUGACUGAGAUGUACAUCCACUUCCUGGUGGUUCAGUCCAAAGUAAAGAAGGUCAAGUACGAUGGAGGAGCUAAGACGGAUCCACACUGGAUUCCAGAGAACAGGAAGUUGAUUGAGUCUCUGGGAAAACUGGCCUUUGAUCAGCUGCAGAAAGGUAUCCUGAUCUUCUAUGAAUCCGACCUGACAGAGUGUGGCAUCGAUAUCAGAGCAGCCUCAGUGUACUCAGGAGUGUUUACUCAGAUCUUUAGAGAGGAGAGUGGACUGUACCAGGAGAAGGUGUUCUGCUUCGUCCAUCUGAGUGUUCAGGAGUUUAUGGCUGCUCUUCAUGUCCAUCUGACCUUCUACAGCUCUGGUGUCAAUCUGCUAUUAAAAAAACAAACAACCUCCUGGUUGUCUAAAGGCAAAGCUGAACCAAUGCAUUUCUACCAGAGUGCUGUGGACAAGGCCUUACAGAGUCCUAAUGGACACCUGGACUUGUUCCUCCGCUUCCUCCUGGGUCUUUCACUGAAGACUAAUCAGACUCUCCUACGAGGUCUGCUGACACAGGCAGGAAGUAGCUCACAGACCAAUCACAGAACAGUCCAAUACAUCAAGGAGAAGAUCAGUGAGGAAGUGUCUCCAGAGAAAAGCAUCAAUAUGUUCCACUGUCUGAAUGAACUGAAUGAUGGGUCUCUAGUGAAGGAGAUCCAACAGUCCCUUAGUUCAGGACGUCUUUCCACAGAUAAACUAUCUCCUGCUCAGUGGUCAGCUCUGGUCUUCAUCUUACUGUCAUCAGAAUAUCUCGAGGUGUUUAACUUGAGGAAAUACUCUGCUUCAGAGAGGGCUCUUCUGAGGCUGCUUCCAGUGGUCAAAGCCUCCAACAAAGCUCUACUGGACGGCUGUAACCUCUCACAGAUGAGCUGCGAAGCUCUGUCCUCAAUGCUCAGCUCCCAGUCCUCUAGUCUGAGAGAGCUGGAUCUAAGUAAUAAUGGCAUUGAGGAUUCAGGAGUGAAGCUGCUGUCGGCUGGACUGGAGGUUCCACACUGUCCUUUGAAGACACUCAGACUGAAUGGCUGUAACCUCUCGGGGAGAAGCUGUAAAGCUCUGUCCUCAGUUCUCAGCUCCCAGUCCUCUAGUCUGAGAGAACUGGACCUGAGUAACAACGACCUGCAGGAUUCAGGAGUGAAGCUGCUGGCCGCUGGACUGGAGAGUCCACACUGUGACCUGGAGACUCUCAGGCUGUCAGGCUGUCUGAUCACAAAGGACGGCUGUGCUUCUCUGGGCUCAGCUCUUUGCUCCAACCCCACCCAUCUUAGAGAGCUGGACCUGAGCUACAAUCAUCCAGAAGACUUAAGAGUGAAGCCACUGUCAGUUGGACUGAAGGAUCCACAGUGGAGACUGGAAACUCUCAGGGUGGAGCCUGCUGGAGUUCAAUGGUUGAGACCAGGUCUGAGGAAGUAUUCCUGUGAACUCACAAUCGACACAAACACAGUACACAGAGAACUCAAACUAUCUGACAACAAUAGGAAGGUGACAUAUGUGGAGGAGAAGGAGGUUCAGUCAUAUCCUGAUCAUCCAGAGAGAUUUGAUUCCUGGCCUCAGCUGCUGUGUAGAACUAGUCUGACUGGUCGCUGUUACUGGGAGGUUGAGUGGAGAGGAGUCGUUUAUGUAUCAGUGAGUUACAGAGGAAUCAGGAGGAAAGGAGACAGUGAAUGUGAGUUCGGAGCAAAUGAUCAGUCUUGGAGUCUGAUAUGCUUCAAUGAAGGGUACUAUGUCAAUCAUAAUAAGAAAGAAACGCUCAUCACCUCCUCCUCCUCCUCCUCUGGUAGAGUAGCAGUGUAUGUGGACUGUCCUGCUGGCUCUUUGUCCUUCUACAGAGUCUCCACCAACACACUGAUCCACCUCCACACCUUCAGCACCACAUUCACUGAACCUCUUUAUCCUGGGUUUGGGUUUGGGUCCUUGUCCAGUUCUGUUUCCUCAGUGUCUCUGUGUUCUCUGUAGGAGGGAGAGUCUCCUCCUGGUGGAGAACCUUCCUCUCUGCUCAACACAUAGUUCAGUCUGUACAGGAUGUCACACAGCUGAUGUUGGUUCAUGUCGAUGUAGAUGCAGGUAAAGGGUCCCUGAGCUGGUCAGGACUCUAACUCUGGACUAUAAUAAUAUAUUAUAAGCAAGUUUUUUUCAAGGAAAGUUUGUAUCAAUGAAAAUAUGAAGGUGUAGUUUACUUUUUGAGCCAAUUUUAAUUAUUUUUUUUCCAGUGGCUUCAAAUAUAACUUCACAUAAUCGCGGUUAUUCUGAACAAUAACCUUUUGAAAGCUUCAGCUAACCUCUGAAGAAAAAAUUGAAUGACAGAUAUUAGGUGCCUGUGUUUUUAUUAACGUUAAUAUAAAAGUACGUUCAGUACCUCCAUGUAUUACUUUGCGUUAACAGGAAUAUGAUUGUAUCAGUCAAAUAUUAAUAAAUUACUUUUUUUGGAAACAACUGACAGCCAAUCAUUAAUUCCAGGCCGUUUUUGGCCAUGCACAUUUAGACACACUUAGACACAUUUAGACACACACAAACAAAGGAGUUUCCAUUUCAUACCAUUUCCUGAACUCUGCAGGAGAAACAAGUGCUUUCACACGACUCUCCCGUUUUGAUCCUCUAACACGGGUCUCUCACUUUAAUGACCCC